AUGCCGUUUGAGCUGCACGAGACGGGGUUUAUGCUGUUACAGAUCCCCCCGGGCGCUCCCACGCCAGACGAGGAAGCCUUCUGGGACGACCCCGCCGGGCCUGAUGUGGUGCCGAAACAGAAGAUCACAAAGUGGCAACUUCCGCCGGGCUCGACGUUACAAUUUACCAUAGACCGCGGAACGAAGCACGCGGACCACGACUGCAUCAUCGCGCCGCAGUUCGACGGGGGCCCGGCCGACACCCCCGGACCCACGAAGGACUACUUUUGUGACUUCCGUGCGGAUAUUAACUGCAAAUAUGUCUGGGUCUGGAAGAUUGCCAGGUUUGUGAUGCAUAUUUAGCAUGACCCAUGAUGCCUGUAAUGCAUGAGCUAGAAUGACAGAUUUUUAGAUGGCUUCCUGAUGCCUAUUUCGCAUGACAACUGCCCUUCCCGCGUAGCACAAACUGGACUCGUCUUGCUGGUCAUGCAAUACAGAUUCUUUUAGAAUCCAAAUGCAGCAUCACAAGUUGCAACCUUCCAGACCCAGACAUUUUUGCAAUCCAUAGCGAACCAGAUUGGGUUGGAGCACAAACCGUGCUGGACGUUCGAACUGAUCAACGAGGGCCCGAUAUCCUAUGUGAAAACGUCCCCACCCCAGAGUUGUCAUGCAGCAAAACUGCAUGAUCAGGAUCACAAUGUUUCUCAUGCGGGGCCGCCCCAUACGAAGCAUCUUCUAGUCGCGUUUAAAAAUUUGUAAUGCUCCAAUCAGCAUCACAGGCUAGAUCUGUGAUGCUGCUGAACGAGCGAAACAGGAUUUUUACACUACGGGGCAAAAGAACUUGGCGUGCGCAACAACCAUAGCUGGUGGAUUUGUCUAGCAGAUUCCCCAUUUUGAGUCUGGGGUGGGGACGUUUUUGCGUAGGAUACCCGAUCGGCUACUUCGCGUCGGUCCAGAACGUUUUCACGUACAACGACACGCGCAGCUGGCUCGUUUUUCCCUUUCCCGAAGUCACUGACAAGUACAAAAGUUUAUGCACUCGACCCUUGCGGGGGGUGCACGUGAACGAGUACGUGCUCCGCGCGAAGAACCUGACGAACCGAACGGUCGGGCGGAGUUCGGACGCUUUCAAAGACACCACGCCUGACCAGUGCUUGCAGCUCUGCGUGGAGGAGCCGGCAUGCUAUCCUGUGUAAAAACGUCCCCACCCCAGAGCUGCGGACCGGUUUUCUCGGAAGCGAAAGACGCGUGCGACCCGCCACCAAAGCCUAAACCGGCACCAGAGGAGAGUAAGAGCUCCGCACAGUUAUACAUCGGCCUCGGCGUGGUGCUGGGCGUGCUCACAGUCGGCGGCGCAUUCGCCGCUUUCACGCACCUACAGAAGAAGCGAAGGCCCGAUGACUACGGUCAGAGCUACGGGGAUGAAGGCGAGGAGGAUUACUAGGCGUACUGUAAACAUGAUGAGUCUGCUGUGCCGGACAGAAGAACAUGAUGUCUUGUGACCUCGAAGAUGGUGCGCUGCCUUUGGAUUCGGUUGACAGUUGGUUCAGAAAUGGACACGUCACAGAUCAAAUAGAUAAACCGUUUUUUAAUCAUUUUUGCACAAAAUGAAAAUUAAAAUGGCCGCGACAU